UUGUGGUUGUAGGUCCUCGAUGCUGUCUUCCAACUCGGAAUGUCGUUCAGUUCAGUCCCAAAGCUUCGUUUAAAUCGCAACGUUGUUCACUUUCUCGUAUUCAAUUAAUUGCACAAUCGUUUUCGCGCAUUGUUCCCUCGUUAACCCGUUGAAUCGUCGAAUCCACAACGAUUAUAUUUUAGCGGUCGGACGUGCGACAGCUGUGCACAUGAAAUUAUCGCAACGUUACGCAUCAUCAAAAGUGAAAUUUAAUCGACAAAAUUAUGGUUGUUUGCCGAGAAGAAACUUUUGUCGAGGAUGAAAUAAAAUUCGUUUCCCCUUUCUUGUCGUUUUAUCGCGUUUGUGUUUAAAUGUCCGCGUUAGGUCAAGUGUUUCGAGAAAUUGCGUUUCUGAUUUUUAUUGUAACGUGUAUUCGGUCAUUUAACGAAUUAACGGCGACGAAACAAAGGGGCCAGAUUUUAUCGCUACAACUAUGCGCCUCCAAAUUUGUAGUUUGAUAUUUUUCGUGAGUGUACUAGUGGCGAGGCAAGUUUCAGCCCAUGGAAGACUGAUAGAACCACCAUCGAGGGCUUCGAUGUGGAGAUACGGUUUCGAUACUCCACACGACUACAACGACCACGAAUGCUAUUGCGGAGGAUUUACUAGGCAAUGGCAACGAAAUAAGGGAAAGUGCGGAAUAUGUGGCGAUGCUUGGGACACACCAACGCCUCGACUGCACGAGACCGGUGGCAAAUACGGAAACGGAGUGAUAGUAAGGAAAUAUCGAACAGGUUCGGUGAUACCGGUCCGUGUGGAACUUACGGCGAAUCAUCAUGGCUACUUUGAGUUUCGUACGUGUGCGAUGACCUACAAGGGCAAAGAAGUCGAUCAGGGAUGUCUGGACCAGCACCUGCUACGCUCGAAGAACGGAUCGAUUAGAUAUUAUCCCGGGCCGGGGAACAAGAUUUUCGAAGCUUUCUACAAAUUGCCAGACGACCUGACUUGCGCUCAAUGCGUCUUUCAAUGGAGAUACGUGGCUGGAAAUAAUUGGGGCGACUGUGGAAACGGAACAGGUGCUGUAGGUUGUGGCCCUCAAGAAGAAUUUCGUUCUUGCGCCGACAUUACCAUCGGAGAUGACGUAGAGCCUCUUCUACCUGAAUCACCCGAAAAACCACCAACGAAGUCGAUUCCAGGAGAAAAAUCGCCGACAGAACCAACAUUGGUGCCAGAAUCAAGUGGGCCAUAUUGGUUAUUCAGUAUCAUUAUCGCUGGUACGAGCCUGCUAGUUGUGCUGGCGGCUAUGGCGUUGCUUUACUCGUAUUAUUAUCAUUCUGGCCGAGCCAAAAAAUGGCUUAUGGAAAGACGGUUGUUGACACCUGAAAGUCCACCUGUCGCUCCACCGAGGCAUAAAAAACACAACACGUUUAAUGCACCACUGCAAUUGUAGAAGGAUAUUUGUACUUGACGUGUAGGUGACCACAAAAGGGUAUUGUGUGACCCUGUAAUAAUAGUUUUGCAAACAGCUGUUUUGACAACAUUCUUUCAACAUAUUUUAAAGAAGGAAGAAGAAUUCUCGUUUAAUAUCGAGAGAAAUGGCCACCCUGAUUUAUUAUUUACGAUGCAAUUUCUUCUAUUCAUUUUUUCACUUGUAAUAAUUUGGACGAUUUUUCUGUCAUACAUAUUUGUACGAGAAAAGUAUCUUCACGACACUGUGAUGACAAAGUUCUGCGUUUAGAAUAAUAUGCGUUCACUUGCACACACAUUUUCAUCUUGUAUAUAUAAAUUUACAUUAAACAUAUUUAUUUUUUAAGAA